CUGAGGCAGUGCGGGCGUGGGACGGAGAGCAGCGGUGCCAGCAUGGAUAAGGACGGCACGAACCUGGCCGACCAGCAGUACGAAUGCGUGGCCGAGAUCGGCGAGGGAGCCUACGGCAAGGUGUUCAAGGCACGAGACUUGAAGAACGGCGGCCGCUUCGUGGCGCUGAAGCGGGUGCGGGUGCAGACGAGCGAGGAGGGCAUGCCGCUCUCCACCAUCCGCGAGGUGGCCGUGCUCAGGCACCUGGAGCCCUUCGAGCCACCACACGCUGUCAGAUUGUUUGAUGUGUGCACCGUGUCACGAACAGACAGAGAGACCAAGUUAACAUUAGUGUUUGAACAUGUGGAUCAAGACUUGACUACUUAUUUGGAUAAAGUUCCAGAGCCUGGAGUACCUACUGAAACUAUAAAGGAUAUGAUGCUUCAGUUGUUUCGGGGACUGGAUUUCCUGCAUUCACAUCGCGUGGUACAUCGGGACCUGAAACCCCAAAAUAUCCUUGUAACCAGCAGUGGGCAGAUAAAAUUAGCUGACUUUGGCCUAGCACGAAUCUACAGUUUUCAGAUGGCUCUAACCUCAGUGGUUGUUACUUUGUGGUAUAGAGCUCCUGAAGUUUUGCUUCAGUCCAGCUAUGCAACACCAGUUGAUCUUUGGAGUGUUGGCUGCAUAUUUGCAGAAAUGUUUCGUCGAAAGCCACUCUUUCGUGGAAAUUCAGAUGUCGAUCAGCUAGGAAAAAUCUUUGAUGUAAUUGGACUCCCAGAAGAAGAGGACUGGCCUAAUGAUGUUGCCCUUCCCAGAAAUGCUUUCACUUCCAGGCCCGCACAACCUAUUGAAAAGUUUGUACCAGAUAUUGAUGAACUGGGCAAAGAUUUACUUCUGAAAUGCUUAGCAUUCAAUCCAGCCAAGAGAAUAUCUGCCUAUGUCGCCCUGUCUCACCCGUAUUUCCACGACUUGGAGAAAUGCAAGGAGAAUCUGGACUCGCACAUGUCAUCCAGCCAAAACUCCAGUGAGGUGAAUGCAUCCUAAUGCUGACUGAAGACAAACCUGUAAAUGAACCAGACACGUAGCUGACAAGGCCACUGCCCCAUAUAAAUCACAUAGCUGUUCCACUGAAGAUCAUUAUUUGGAGGUUUUACACGCCUGGCUCUUCUUUUGGGAUUGUGAUGAGCUUAUCUAAGGAAAUCCGUAUAGUUUACUUUCAUCAGAGCAAUGCAAGGGCCAGGGCUUUCACCUGUUCCCAUUGCAGCUUUAUGUUUGUUUUGUUUUUGUUUUGUUUGUCUACCUGGGAAAACUCCAGAUGGAAGAGAAGCUGCUGACCAGUUUUGCUGUUUAUUCUUUUAAUAUUGAAUGCUGCCAGUGUGGAGUAAGAUAAUCGAGUCACUGCCAAAACAUGAUGCAAUAAUCUCUCUCUCUAGCCGGGAAACAUGAUUUGGUACUUUAUUAUUAU